AUGGGGUAUAAUAUGGUCCACUUCACUCCGCUGCAGACUGUGGGGGAGUCAGGCAGCUGCUACAGUCUGGCGAACCAGCUGGAAAUAGACUCUUUUUUUUUCCGAGACGAGCCCGAGGAGGGUUUGGAGGGAGAGGGGGCCCCCAAAACCCUAAACCCUCGCGAGGGUUUGCAAACCCUAGCAGCAGCAGUUAAGAUGUUGGAAAAAGAACUUGGGAUUCUUUCGGCCACAGACCUCGUUUUAAACCACACUGCCAGCAACAGCGAGUGGCUGAGGGAGCACCCCGAGGCGGGGGACGGUGGCAUAUGCAGAGUGCAGGUUCAGGGCGCGUGCGCCUUGUACAACUUGGAAAACUCGCCGCACCUGCGGGCUGCCUACGAGUUGGACGUGGCUUUGCAGGAGUUUUCGGAGUGUCUGUACAGCGGGGGUUUGAGGGUUUUGGGGUGUACAGACACCAUAGCUUCUGAGGAGGACUUGCAGAGGGUUUUGCAUGCGCUCGAAGAAAGGGUUUUGAAACCCUUUUCUUUUCAAGAGUGGUUUAGACUCGAGCCCGAGCCCCUCAUAGAGGCCUGGCAAAAGGACAUUUGUGCUGCUGGCCAGCAGCAGCAGCAGCAGCAGCAGCAGCAGCAGCACGAGAUCACCACCGCCCAGCAAAGGCGCGAUAUCCUCUACCAGAUGCUGCUGCAGCAGCAGCAUCGAGGGUUUAGUUCGCUACGAGCGGCUGCAGUGCAAGAAGGGGCCCAUCCGGCCAAACCACUGGGAGGCCCUGGUGCCGCGCUACUUCACGCCUUUGCCCAGCAGCAGCAGCAGCAGCAGCAGCAGCAGCAGCAGCAGCAGCGGCAGCAGCAGCAGCAGCAGCAGCAGCGCGAGGGGCCUGUGGCUGUUGCAAACAACGGCUGGGUCAUGUCUUGGGAUGCCACGAAAGAUUUUGCUGCUCCAGGGUCUUUGGUGUAUUUGCGAACCCAGCUGGUGGUUUGGUCCGACUGCGUCUUACUCCGGUACGGCGACGGCCCUGAAGACUGCCCCUUCUUGUGGGAUAUGAUGGCGAAGUACUGCAGAGAAACCGCCAAAAUAUUUCCUGCUGUUCGUCUCGACAAUUGCCACUCAACUCCUCUCCACGUGGCAGAGUACAUGCUGCGGGAGUGUCGUCGGGAGCGGAGCGACUUGUGGGUUUACGCGGAGUUGUUUACUGGAGAUCAAAAAGUAGAUUUGAAGUUUGUUUCUCAAUUAGGGUUAAAUGCUUUAAUUCGAGAAGCUUUGCAAACCCUAAACCCUCGGGACCUUUGUUGGCAGCUGCAGCAGUUCGGGGGUUUGCACUGGGAGGGGCAGCUGGACCCGCGGCCGGCUUACUUGCAGCUGCCUGCUGCUGCUGCGGCUGCUGCUGCUGCUGCUGCGGCCAAGCCCGCGGCCGCUGCUGCUGCUGCUGCUGCUGCUGCUGCUGCUGCUGCUGCUGUGGGGGGGGGGGCCCCCGGGGGCCCCCUGAGGCCCCUCCCUGCCUCUCUUUGCCCCGCACUCUUCUACGACUGUACCCACGACAAUGAGCCAGCAGCAAGCAAGUUCACUCCAGCAGCAACUCUGGCUUUUGCUGCUGUUGCUGCUGCUGCUGCUGCUGCUAGCGGCAGCACCCGCGGCACUGAUGAACUUGUCCCCUUCACUCUUUCGGUGGUUCACGAGCGCCGCCUUUACCACGACUUCCACCCCGAAGUCCCGCUGCGAAACCCUGCUGCUGCUGCUGCUGCUGCAGCAAAGCCCGCAGCAGCAGCAGCAGCAGCAGCAGCAGCAGCAGCAGCAGAGGAGGGCGUGGAGGUGGUGUGGCCCGGAGAGGCGCAGCAAGUGGCCGUGCGGGGCGAGUGGGACGGGUGGGCUGCGGACGUGCCGCUGGAGCGCAGCAGCAAGGGUUUAGGGUUUAGGGUUUUGCUGCAGCAGCAGCAGCACUUCCGAAACCCUCAAGGCAGCAAAAAGGAGACAGUGCAAUUCAAGUUCAUUGUCGACGGCCAGUGGAGAUACAGCCCAAGCAGCCCCACAGUCUCCGACGGCCGCGGCAACAUCAACAACAUUGCUGCACUCCCGGGGGCCAAGUUGCCCGGGUGUUUGCCCGGGCUGCUGGGCGUGCGCCCCGUGCUGAACCGGCUGCACGUGGUGCUGAGCGGGAAGAUAACGGAGGUGGCGUUGGUGGCGAGUUUGCAUGCAGAGAGUGGGGCUGUGGGGCGGUUUGCUGCUGACAGCAAAUUCAUAAAUGGAGUUGAGGGUUUGGCGAGGGUUUACGAGGGUUUGGAGAGUGUGGGGCGGUGUACGUACACCGCAGCGAGCGGCGAAACCACGCUGCUGCUGCAGCAGCAGCAGUUCCCGCCGGGGUCUGCUGCAGUGCUGUUCACGGCGCCGGAGGACCCCUUGCUGCUGCAGCAGCUGCAGCAGCAGCUGCGCGAAACUGUGGAAAGGGCCCCCGCGCUGCUGGCAGCAGCAGCAGCAGCAGAACUCAACUCUCUCCUUUACAAGUGCAGCAGCGAAGAAGAAGAUGCAUCUUGUGGGGCCCGCGGGGUGUACGUACUGCCGGGAUAUGGACCACUGGUCUACAGUGGUUUGGCGGGUUUGGUGGGGGUUUUCGACGCAGCGCGGCAGCAGCAGCAGCAGCAGCAGCAGCAGCAGCAGCAGCAGCAGGCCGUUUGCGAGAACCUCCGCAGCGGCUUGUGGCUGCUGCAGUACACCGUGGACCGCCUCGCCGGCCACAGCACGCUGCUGCCGCUGCAGCAGCAGCUGCAGCAAACCCUGCUGCUGCUGCAGCAGCUAAAAGGCUACAACUGGAUAAGACCCUACAUAGUGGACCGGCUGGUUUGGUUUGGGGUUUGGGGCUUGCGGUGUGGGGGUGGGGGUUGGGGGCUGGGGGUGCCUUUCGUCGCCAUCAGGGGCGUUCUCAUUGCCCCGGGGGGUUUGGGCGGCUGUGGGGGCGCGACGAAGUCACAGCUCCCCACCCCUGAAGACUCAUGCGUUAUGCUGCGGUACGCGGAAGCGCGCAGGGAGAUUCUGGGCUACGCCCGCGUUUUGCGUCAUGGGCUAAUCCCUAAUUUGUUGGAUUCGGGAAAUAACCCUCGAUACAAUGCAAGAGAUGCCACUUGGUUCUUCAUGCAGGCAAUCCAAGACUACUGCCUGGCGGCUCCCGAGGGUUUAGACUUUCUGCUUUGUCCCGUCGAAAUGAAAUAUGGAAAAAAUGCUUCUCAACUUCCAGAAGAAGAAAUUCGAAAUAUUGGAGAUGUCAUGCACCACAUCCUGGCCUCACACGCCAAAGGCAUAUCAUUUCGCGAGUGGAACGCGGGCAAACAGCUGGACGAGCAAAUGACGGAAAAAGGGUUUCAAAUAGACAUUUAUGUAGACCCUAAUUCAGGGGUUUCGGCUUUGGGGGUUGGGGUGCGGGGUUUAGAGGGAAGAGCGGGACCUGCGGGCUGCGAGUUGGAUGGAGGGCUGGGUGCUCGGGGAACACGCGCGGAGUUACUUGAAAGCGGUGGAAGAGGUUUUGAUGGGACCCAAUCAACUCGGACUCAAAACCCUAGACCCUAG